GAUGGGAUCCACAGCUGCCUUGGCUACAGCCAUACAUUCAGAAAUCGCAGCAUAAACGGAAAGGCGGUCAGAUAAGAUUCACAAAUGAACAAACGGAUGCGCUCGAGCAAAAAUUUGACAGUCAUAAGUAUUUGUCAUCACAAGAACGAAAAAAAUUGGCAAGAAAUUUACAGCUUUCAGAAAGACAGGUUCCUGACUUGCGCUGAGACGAGCAGCGAUUAAUU